GGGAAAUUUCCCAGUGCAACGGGAUUUCAUGUACAAUUCCAGAAAAAAAUUUAACCAACAGAAAAUAAAGGAAAAAAUACAAUUAAAUAGAAUAUCCAAUUGGAGUGAAGCUGGGGAGGAUCGGCUGAGAACGCCAGCUGCGCCACACUUCCAGUAACUCGCCCCGCCACAGCCAGAUGAAAUGAUUUGCCGACUUUGCCUGGACGACGCGGUGCACAGCAUCCCGAUCUUCGACCAGGAAGAGGCCGACGACCAGCCGCCGCCCUCCAAUCUGGCGGAACUGAUUGAGAAGCACCUGCAGUUGGUGCUGCUGCCAAAUGAUGCUGUGUCCCGGUGCCUUUGCACCCAGUGCUGGCAGCAAUUGGCCGACUUCGAGCAGUUCUGCACCAUGGUGAUGAAGAAGCAGCUGGGCCUCCAGCACCUCAAGUUGGAACCGUUUUCUGACGACGAGGCCGAGGAUGCGGACACAAAGGCGCACAUCCUUUGCGAGCCGGAAAUCGAUGUGAGUCCUUCGGCAGUGGAAAAUGAGGAGUACAAUGAGAUCGAUGUGGACGCCAACAGCAGUGGUAUCACCACACACACUUCGGAAGCAACAGCAGUCGGUGGACGGACGACAACGCGGCGAAAGGUACGUCUGCCGUCGCCCAUCAGACGUAGCAUGCGUCCCCGCGCAUUACCCAAACCCAGGGCCGUGAAGGCCAAGGCUAAGACGAAACGCCAGCUGGAUGAGGCAGAUGAGGAUGAGGACGCGGAGGACGGCGAGGGGGAUCCCGAGACCCGAAGCACCCAUAGCCGCGAAAUGGACAGUUAUAUAGAGUUGCAUGGACGCCUGGAGUGCUGUUUGUGCGGCAGCGACGAGGACCAGUUCCAAAACUUUGCCGAAAUGAAGCGACACUUUCGGAAUCAGCACCAGUCCGCCGGCUACGUGGUAUGCUGUCAGCGACGGUACAAGAAGCGAGCGCUCUAUGUGGAUCACCUGCGCAUGCACAACGAUCCGGACUACUUCAGGUGCAAGAUCUGCUCCAAGCAGCUGGUCAGCCGGAUUAGCUACGACGUCCACAUGCUACGCUUCCACUCCAACGAGGACGAGUUAAGCUUUGCCUGCGACAAGUGCUCCAAGCGGUUCUCCAAGCAAUUUCUGCUCACCAUUCACUCGCGGGUGCAUCAGCAGGAGCGAAAGGAGCAGUGCAAGCACUGUGACAGAUCCUUCCGCACUGCCGUGGACCUGCGACUGCACAUGAGACGCACCCAUGAUCCUGCCUUUGUACCCUUUAUCUGCGACUCGUGUGGUGCCAAGUUCAAGACGAAACAGAACCUGCUGGUGCACAAGCGCACCGUGCACCGUGAGGGCUCCCAGCUGCCGGAGGUACAGUGCCAGGAGUGCCAGGUUUGGCUGUCCGACGAGAAUAGCCUGCGGAAGCACAUGUACAUGCAUCUGGACGCCGCCUCGCUGCGCCAGUGGAAGUGCGAGCAGUGCGGCCUAGAAAAGGGUUCGCGAGCGAAGCUGGCGGCCCACAUCCGCUACCAUCAUCCCAAGGAAUAUCACAAGUGCACGCAUUGCGGAAAGGAGUUCAAGAGCAGUCGCGGCCUCGAGGAGCACACUGCCACGCACACCGGCCAGGAUCUGUACGAGUGCGCCUUCUGCGAACGCACCUUUAAGAAUUCGGGAAAUAUGCACAAGCACCGUCGGCAGAUGCACGCCGCCCAGGUGGCCGCUCUGCAGCAGCAAAAGAAAGUGCGUCCAAGCAAGCGGAAGGAUAAGGGCGAACUAAUGCUCGGUGUCCUGGCCGCAGGCGGAAAGGACAUGCUUGACCAUGCAAUGGACGCCAGCGACAUGAACCUGAGUAUGAACAUGAAUGACUGAUCUAAUCCAAAAGAAAAGUGAAUAAACAUAAAUUGAAAGGUU